UCCUCGUCGACCUCAGAACCUGCGAACAUACCGGUGACGUUCAUAUAGGAUAAAGGCAGAAGCCCCUGAACUCCUCCAGGACAAGCACAUCGCAGGAUCGCUGCGUACAGAAUUGACAUACAUGUCUGUGGCCCGUAAUUAAGCCUAGCUUAGAAUCGGCAGGAGCUUGCGCAACAUUAAGGAUAGCUCGGAAGGACUGAACGAGCACUACGCCGUAUGAGCUUGAAAAGACGGUGAAAGUUCGACACGAUGUCGUUCUGUUUCCCGUCAUGGUCGACCGCGUUCUCACCGGCGUUUCACGAAGAUGCCAAAACGAUGCUGGAAGGGGCUCUGAACAAGGGAAGUAAACCUCCAGUGAUUCAAGGGCGAAUAGAAGUGGUGGAGUUGAGCAUGGGCAAGACCCCUCCUACCCUGACAUUGUUGGAGAUCGGAGACUUGUCUACGGACCGGUUUCGUGGCAUCUUUCGACUCGGCUAUCAAGGAGACGCUUGGAUAGAAGUGCGAUGCAGAGUUCAAGCGAACCCGCUUUCGCAUAAUCCGCAUCUCGACUCGAGUUCCACAUUACCGAUGUCUACGCCGUUACUGGCAUCGCAACCGCUACUAGUACCAAUGACAUUGCGGCUAUCAUCCUUGAACCUUCGGGCUAUUCUGAUACUGGUCGUAUCCAAAUCCAAGGGCAUCACAUUGGUCUUCAAGAACGACCCACUGCAGAACGUCGACGUAUCUUCGACGUUCGAUUCGAUCGAGGUUAUUCGAGGGUACCUGCAGCAGGAAAUAGAGGGUCAAUUGAAGGAACUCUUUCGGGAGGAUCUUCCCGGUAUCAUCCACCGACUCAGUCAGAAAUGGUUCGGCGGAGCAGGCAUGUCAGGCAAGGUGGAAAUGCCAUACCGUCACGAAACCGUUAAAAUCGACCCAAGCGACCCUCAUACUCCGUUACCGAGAGGAGAUCUGCGUACUGGAGAACCCAACCAAAGACAUGACUACUUUGAAGCCGGGGAGGGCAACGAAUCGUUGGCGCCAGACGACUCUAUCUCCGUUUCCCCCUCACGCAGACUCCGAACGUCCCAAAUCAAAAGGCGUGUGCCGUCAACCUCCUCGGCACAUGAAUCGCCGACGUCCUACACGACAUUCCCCGAGAUUGAGAAUUAUGAUCCCACGUACGGACUCCGACCGGAGGGAGUGCCAUCACAUUCAGGAUACGGAGCUUUCGGACGACUGUGGGACACACCGCAUAACCGCAAGAAUAGGGGUCUAAAUAGCCUGAUGAGCCUGGCGGAAGAGAUCACCUUCAUGGAGGCCGAUGAGGCAGAUCCCGAUGACAUCGACAUCGACCUUGACGACGAUGAAUCGGACCUGGUCGAUAGCGACGACGGAGCUCGCAGCGUCAAUGCGGUAGACGCAAGUCCAUCUCUGCGAGCAGCGAUGGGAACCAGAGGUCGUGCAGGAGGGAGAUCGCUUGUGCAGAGGGGAACUGGAUCGUCUGUCGGGAUAGCUGCAAUAAGAGGCGGCAUCAUGACUGGCGAUGAAGAUGGCUGGCCCCGAUCCAUAACGGGUGCUCUGCCGGCUACUCGUCCGCGCAUAUAUCACGUACAAAGCCAGAUCAGAGCUCCCUCGGAUGCAGGCAUCCAAAGACCUUUUCUCGCAACACCAAGCAGUCCCUCGGGGACCACAAAAGCCAUCACGAACGGACAAGUGGGCCGCGCUUCAAGCGUCCGCUCCUCUGCCGGCGGGUCGUCAGUUGGUUUGGGGAUGGCAAGAUCGAUUCUGAAUGGUCAGGGCGGCAAUACGUCGAGACGGAUGUGGCCAGACCGCAUGAUGCCCCCUCAGUUUCGGACUAUGUCAGCUUCACCAUCAGCUCAUUCGGCAACGCCAAGGCCUGAUCUUGCGCGCUCGCAUAGUCGCUCGGAGAGCGUACCCGCGCCCAUGAGCUUUGCUCGACCAACGCGGGGACAGUCGGCGAUGCAGAACGUCGUAUCCAGAUCGAGCGCUGCUUCUACGCUUGGUAAUCAGCCAAUGGAUCGCUUGAACCCUUUAUCACGACAACGACCCAUGUCAAUGCAAGCUUAUCCCGCGCAUCCGAUUGUAACUCCGCCAAAAAACAGGCGAUCUUCCGGUCCUCAUCAGGCUUCACUAUCGGGUUCGCCGCCAGGAGCCAACUCCAUUGGCGCCAUGAAUGCGGCGCGAUACAACAAUAUCGUACUACCUCUUAACGACUCGGUCUCCCAGCUGGCCUCCCUCUCCCAUUCGAACCAUACACUCAGUCCGUACGCCAGGAGUCAUGAACACAUCGCGGUACGCAGUGCCCCUUACCUCUCAAGGGCCAACUCCCUUAUCGGGACACAUCCCGCUAGUUCUGCCGGCUUGAGCAUGACUCAAGCUGCUCUUGGGCAGAGCAGUGUGCCCAAUUCGACUUUUGACAACAACAAAGUCAAGGCGAGACGGAGGAGAAUGUUUCGUCUAGGCCACAACACCGAAGCAGAAGAUUCCUCCGCGAUCUACACUCAGGCAGACGAAACGCGUUCCUCGAGUAUCAGUCCGGACGGUGUAUCGGGUCCACCCGAUCAACGCGAAAAGGCAAUCCGGCGUAGACCCCCAAUAGAAGCCCGCCAGUCGUAUGGAUUUCCUUCAGACCGUGAUUAGGCCGGGUUGGAUGUUUACACUUGUCAUGAUAGAAGUUGUAUUAUCGCGCAUUAUAAUUGACCUCACUUCUCUGCUGGGG